CUCAUUUAGUGAUCCAUUAGUUUUGUGUUUAGGACAUAAAGUUUAGAUAUUCAAACACAACCAUAAAAUGUUUAUUAAAUUAUUUUCAUUCGUGUUUUUAAUUUACAUUUCAACUAAUGUUCGAGUGGAGGGCUAUAAGGAGGCGUCGGGUUAUGUGACUGUCCGUCCGGACGCCCACAUGUUUUGGUGGCUAUUUAACGCCAAUGCAGGCCUUAAUAAUAAUUCCUAUGCCUUACCGUUAGUUAUAUGGCUUCAGGUUAUAUGGCUUCAGGUUAUAUGGCUUCAGGGGGGUCCCGGUGCCAGUUCUACCGGCUUCGGUAACUUCAACGAAAUUGGUCCCCAAGAUGUGAACCUGAAAACGAGAACCACGUCCUGGAUCAAAUACGCCAAUUUGCUAUUCAUUGAUAAUCCGGUGGGAACGGGAUAUAGUUAUGUCAGCAAAUCGAGCGCCUACACCAAAGAUAACAAACAAAUCUCCAUAGAUUUAGUGACACUCUUAAAGGAAUUCUACAAACAAUCGCCAGAAUUUGAGGUAAAAAUUAAUUCUUGUAAUUGUAAUGAAGUUUUAAAUGCCUUUCCCUUGCAGUCCACACCACUGUAUAUCUUCUCGGAGUCCUAUGGCGGCAAAAUGACCGCCGGAUUCGCUGUCGAGCUUCACAAAGCCAUACAAAACAAUGAGAUUAAAGCCAACUUCAAGGGCAUAGCUUUGGGUGACUCUUGGAUAUCACCGAUCGAUUCCGUUGCCACUUGGGGUGAAUACCUGUUUUCAUUGUCAUAUAUCGACAGAAACCAAAAGAGUCAGAUCGACGCCAAAGCCAAUGAUAUCCGAGAGGCCCUCAAGAGUGGUCAGUACACCAGAGCUACUAGUCUUUGGGGAUCACUCGAAGGUCUGGUCAGUAUGUUGACGGGUGGUGUCGACUGGUAUAACGUGUUGUACGGCUCUGACAAUCAGCUGAAGAAUAGGAAAUACGCGAUGAAAAUGAAUGGUUUGCAAACACCACUCAACAGAUCCAUUAUCAAGCAUUUGGGUCGAUAUCAUAACGACCAGUUGGACACCAUCAUGAAUGGCGUCAUUAAGACUAAACUUAAAAUCCCAUCGAGUGUCACAUGGGGUGGACAGUCGGGUGAGGUAUUCCAGGAAUUGAGCACCGAUUUCAUGAAACCAGGUGUCGAUGACGUGGACUACCUGUUGAACAGCACUGACCUCAAAGUAGUGGUAUAUACGGCUCAAUUGGAUCUGAUUGUCGACACAAUCGGAACUCUGGAUUGGAUUCAUUCACUCAAGUGGUCGGGUCUUAAGGACUUCGAGGCCUCCGCCAGAAGUGAAAUCACAAGUGGCGGCGAAAUUGCAGCCUAUUAUCAGUCGCACAAGAAUUUCCAUCUCUAUUGGAUCCUAAAGGCCGGACAUAUGGUGCCAUCAGAUCAGGGAAACACUGCCCUCACAAUGCUUCAGAAGAUUAUUCAGUAGACUUCAGACAAGCCAUUGAUGUAUAAAAGGACUCGUAGUUUAGAAACUUUUUAUCCAAAUAUUUAUGAGAAUAAUUUUGUUCCGGAUUAGAUUAGUAUUUAUUUUUAUUAAUGACA